AUGAGUUACCAACAGCCUUACAAUCCUGCCUAUCCUCCCCCUGGCCCUUAUCCUCCCUCUGGUCCUUAUCAGCAAGGGCCUCCUCCUCCUGGCUUUAACCCACCACCGCCACAGUACUCACCUUAUCCACAACAGCAAUAUGGACCACAGUAUGGACCUCCCCAUCAAGGUGGAACAACAGUUUACACCCAACAGCCUGACACUGUCUACGUGUAUGAAGACCAAAGAAGAAGAAGAGAUACUAGUGGAGAAGAGUGCUUCUUAUGGGGUUUAUGUGCAGCAUGCUUGUGUUGCUGUUUAUUGAAUGACUGA